AUGGAGCAGACUUUCAUCAUGAUCAAGCCUGAUGGCGUCCAUCACAACCUGAUUAGCGAGAUCAUCGGGCGCUUCAAAUGCAGCGGUUUCCACCUGAAAGGGUUGAAGAUUUUAAACGCGGAGCGGUCCAUCGCAGAAAAGCACUACGAGGAUUUGGCGGGAAAGCGAUACUUUCCCGCGCUUGUCGGGCACAUUACCUCUGGCCCUGUGGUAGCCAUGGUUUGGGAGGGAGACAACGUUAUUGUGAAUUGUCGGAAGAUUAUUGGGGCUUCAGAUCCUUCGAAAUGGGAACCCGGAACUGUUCGGGCCGAUUAUGCAAUUGAAUGUGAUCCAUGGAAGCGAUUCAAUUGA